AUGCAGAUUAUCACCGUUGUCCUGGGUGCUUUGGCUCUCUCUGUGAGCGCCUUGUCCAGCGUUCAGUAUCCUCACGCGUCACGUCAACUCCCUCACCUCGCACCUCGUCUUGCAGACCAGCAGACACAUACCAAGACUCUGAUCGCCCGCAACGAUGAUCAGGAGAAGAACUUCACCCACAACGAGCUUUUCACUCUACAGAAGAAGUUCCUCGACAACUUUAUCGCACCGAACAAUACUAUUCAGGCCAAGUCCAUCAACUCCUCUUUGCUGGCCGACAAUGUUCAAGGCCGUGUCGAUAUCACACGCACCUUUGACGGCCGUGAGCUCAAUACCGAGUACCUAUUCGGCCUCUUUGCCAACCUAGCGACCUCCACCAACGACUCCAACGCUUUCUCUCUACUCGGCAUUCCGAUGUCGUACGAGAUCACGCACUUUGCAGCUAGCCAGAACAUCGCUUCGGCUUCUACUCUCUUUCAAUUCUUCUUCCAGGCCAUCAACAUAACCGUCCCGAUCGUGAUCCAGACCUGGAAUGUGUACAACUCUGUCGGCGAAAUCUCUAUGUAUGACGCCAGCUUCACCGGCUGGUGGCAGUGGCUGUUUGACUUUCUCCUGGGAACGGCAACGCAACAGCUGUCGGCCGUCGAGGGCAAGACCGUAACCCUGGCGGACACCGUGAGCUACAUCCAGAACAAGCUUGCUAUCAGCAUCUGUAGCACUGCCCAACAGUACUGCGUCGGACCCGCACUCCAGCAAUACCAAAACACGACCCAGUGCCACGCCUAUCUCACACAACAGACACGCUUCGGCGAAGCAUACGAACUCGGCCGAAACACCCUCCUCUGCCGUAUGGUCCAUCAAAACAUGGUCCCCUUCCGCCCGGCGGUCCACUGCCCACACAUCGGCCCGUCCGGCGGCGGUUACUGCGUCGACACCCCCUCCUACGCCGCCACCGUCGGGGCGACCUACUUCAGCAACUACGCCUUCGCGUACGGCAACGGCAGUCUGACGGGCUGA